UCUCUGAAUCCAUACUUCUAUCAUGCCCUACUCCGCUUUCUUGCGGGGUUAUCUCAGGACCGGUCCUUACCUGACCAUGUCUCUGAGACCAACCGCUUUGCAAUUUCAAUCCCGUUCGAAUUCUCGGAGGAGCCCUGAAACCUUCAAAACCACUGCUACUGUCUUCGGCGCCAUGAAGGAUCGAGCAGUAGCGUUCGGCAGUGUGUACGUUCCACCACGCUUGAGGUCUGUUAUCACUUCCUCCGCUAACUCCGGCGUCUCAACUCGUUCUCUGGACUUUGAUUGGCGGGACAACCAGGGUCUAGUCUAUAGCCCCAGGGGCAGAUCUUACCCUUCCUUGCAGCCGCAACAGCAGCAGCAGAGCUUUCAGUAUGGUCGGUACGCUUACGAUGAUUACUCAGAUGAUGACUCCGAGCGUGAAACAGAGUCGUCGUCGCAAGUGGGUGCCUCCACACUGGAUAACAUUGAUGAGUGGAACUGGAAGUUAACCAUGCUUAUUCGCAAUAAAGAUGAACAAGAGGUGGUGUCAAGGGAGAAAAAGGACCGACGUGAUUUUGAGAAACUUGCGGCAUUGGCUAACAGAAUGGGUUUAUAUAGCCGUCAAUAUGAAAAGGUUGUUGUCUUCAGCAAGCUCCCACUGCCAAACUACAGAUCUGACCUAGAUGCUAAGCGGCCACAGAGGGAGGUGACUAUAUCCUUUGGUUUGCAACGAAGAGUUGACGCUCAACUUAGAGAAUACCUUUCCCAAAAGCCUAUGAGUGGGGAAACUUUUUCAAAUGUACCUUUUUCAAGAUCAAGCAGCAGUGGCAGUAUUGCAGCUGAUGAAGGGUUUUUUGAGCAACCAGAGUCCCAAAGGCCAACUAGUGUCGUCAUGGAGAAGAUCCUUAGACGGAGAAGCUUGCAACUUCGUAAUCAGCAACAAGCUUGGCAGGAAUCUCCGGAGGGUCAAAAAAUGUUAGAGUUUCGUCGAAGUCUCCCUGCUUAUAAAGAAAGGGAUGCCUUAUUAGCAGUCAUCUCACAGAAUCAGGUUGUUGUCAUCUCAGGUGAAACUGGGUGUGGUAAGACGACUCAGCUUCCGCAAUACAUUUUGGAAUCUGAAAUAGAAGCUGCUCGUGGAGCCAGCUGUAGCAUUAUUUGUACUCAGCCUAGACGAAUAUCUGCUAUGAGUGUGUCUGAAAGAGUUGCACAAGAAAGAGGGGAGAAAUUGGGAGAAUCUGUUGGUUAUAAAGUACGGCUAGAGGGGGUAAAAGGGAGGGAUACUCGCCUGCUCUUCUGCACCACAGGGAUCUUGCUGAGAAGAUUGUUGGUUGAUAGAAAUUUGAAAGGUGUAACUCAUGUUAUCGUGGAUGAGAUUCAUGAGCGUGGAAUGAAUGAAGAUUUUCUGCUUAUUGUUCUAAAAGAACUUCUCCCUCGCCGGCCAGAAUUGAGAUUGAUUUUGAUGAGUGCAACGCUGAAUGCUGAGCUUUUCUCAUCCUAUUUUGGUGGGGCUCCAAUGGUACACAUACCAGGUUUUACAUACCCAGUUCGAGCUCAUUUUCUUGAGAAUGUUCUUGAAAUUACUGGGUAUAGAUUGACUCCAUAUAACCAAAUUGAUGAUUAUGGACAAGGCAAGAUGUGGAAGAUGCAGAAACAAGCUAUCAGAAAGAGGAAGAGCCAAAUUGCUUCUGUUGUUGAGGAUGCACUUGAAGCUGCUGAUUUUAAGGAGCAUAGCCUACGGACUCAGGAGUCUGUGUCUUGUUGGAAUCCUGAUUCUAUAGGCUUUAACCUCAUAGAAAAUGUUCUGUGCCAUAUUUGUAAAAAAGAGAGAUCUGGUGCUAUUUUGGUAUUUAUGACUGGGUGGGAUGACAUAAACGCUCUGAAGGAGCAACUCCAAACUCAUCCACUUUUGGGAGAUGCCAGCAGAGUUCUAUUGCUUGCUUGCCAUGGUUCCAUGCCCAGCUCCGAGCAGAGGUUAAUAUUCGAGAAGCCUGAAGAUGGUGUGAGGAAAAUAGUGCUUGCUACCAACAUGGCCGAGACAAGUAUCACCAUUAAUGAUGUGGUUUUUGUUGUUGAUUGUGGAAAGGCAAAAGAGACAUCAUAUGAUGCAUUGAAUAACACUCCUUGUUUGCUGCCUUCGUGGAUUUCUAAGGCCGCUACUCGACAAAGAAGAGGAAGAGCUGGUCGUGUUCAACCUGGCGAGUGUUACCAUCUUUAUCCCAGAUGUGUAUAUGAUGCUUUUUCAGAUUAUCAAUUGCCAGAACUCUUAAGAACACCUUUGCAAUCACUUUGUUUGCAAAUCAAAAGUUUACAACUUGGAAGCAUUUCAGAGUUCCUGUCUAGGGCUUUGCAGUCGCCGGAACUACUAUCUGUUCAAAAUGCUAUUGAGUAUUUGAAAAUCAUUGGGGCUCUAGAUGAGAAUGAGAAUCUGACAGUCCUAGGACGGCAUUUGUCAAUGCUUCCGGUGGAACCCAAGCUCGGAAAGAUGAUUAUAUUGGGGGCCAUGUUCAACUGCCUGGAUCCAAUAUUAAUUGUUGUUGCUGGUCUUAGUGCUAGGGAUCCAUUUUUGGCACCAUUUGACAAAAAGGAGCUUGCAGAGUCUGCAAGAGCCCAGUUUUAUGCUCGGGAUUACAGUGACCAUCUUGCUCUUGUUCGAGCCUAUGAGGGCUGGAGAAAUGCUGAAAGAGAGCAAUCUGGAUAUGAGUACUGCUGGAAGAAUUUCCUCUCUGCACAGACGCUAAAAGCUAUCGAUUCCCUUAGGAGGCAGUUCUUUUCUUUGCUCAAGGAUAUUGGUCUGGUUGAUGACAACACAGACAGCUGUAAUGCAUGGAGCCAUGAUAAGCACCUCGUCCGAGCAGUCAUCUGUGCGGGUCUGUUUCCUGGGAUUUGUUCAGUUGUGAACAAGGAAAAGUCUAUAUCAUUGAAGACAAUGGAGGAUGGCCAGGUCCUUCUGUACUCGAACACGGCCAAUGCCCGGGAAUUGAAAAUUCCAUACCCCUGGCUAGUUUUCAAUGAGAAGGUGAAAGUAAACUCAGUUUUCCUCCGGGAUUCAACAGCUGUAUCUGAUUCGGUGGUUCUUCUCUUUGGGGGAAACAUCUCUCGAGGGGGACUCGAUGGACACCUGAAAAUGUUGGGAGGAGACUUGGAGUUCUUCAUGAAACCUGCAUUAGCUGAUACAUAUCUAAACCUGAAGAGAGAGCUUGAUGAACUAAUUCAAAAUAAACUUCUGAAUCCCAAGAUGCAGAAUCGUACCCAUGAGGAGCUCCUAUCAGCAGUGCGGUUACUGAUCUCAGAAGACCGAUGCGAAGGAAGGUUUGUCUUUGGCCGCCAGGUCUUAACACCUUCAAAGAUUACUGCAAUGUCACCGCCACGGAUGUUUUCACAGAAAGGAGGUGGGCCUGGAGGUGAUAAUUCCAAGAGCCAGCUGCAGACAUUGUUAACCCGGGCUGGACAUGAAGCGCCUACAUACAAGACAAAACCACUGAAGGGCAACCAGUUCCGGACUACUGUGGAAUUUAAUGGAAUGCAGUUUUUGGGGAACCCUUGUCAGAAUAAGAAGCUUGCAGAGAAGGAUGCUGCAGCUGAGGCUUUGAAAUGGUUAACGGGUGGGAACCGAUCAGAUCGAGGAGACAUUGACAAUAUGUCAAUGCUGCUGAAGAAAAGCAAGAAGAAACAUAACAGGAGAACUUAAUGCUGUGGUUCAAGUGUAGAGAUAAGUGGCAGUUCAGGGGUUGGAAUAAUUCUAUCUAUUUUUUUGCCAUGAAGGAGCAUGGAUGCAUAUUGAUACUUGGUAUACUUGGCAUGGGGCCUGAGGUCUUUGCACAUGGAGUGAAGCCAACCUGACAGCA